GGAUGGGGCUAACAUGAUCUCACUUUAGUUCUCUUUAACAAAUGGGCUGCAGAAUUUUGAAGUAACUGAAGCCUUGAAAUUGUUGAAUCUGGAAGUCCUACAAACACAGAAUUACAACAAUGAACCAGUCCAGACAGAUCCUUGCAUUGUGAUAUUACUUUCUUCUACAAUGCAGGUAGCAAAAGAUAUGCAGUUGAUGAAGACUAAGCAUCUGAAUAUCCUCCAGGAGCUGGAAGAUAACUGCCACAUUGCAGCUAAAGAGAACCAGGAGCAGACAGUCCAAGCUAUAAGGGAUCGUUACUAUAACAAAAUGAAGAUGAUAUGGAAAACUGUAGAACUCUACCAGGACAAAAUAGAAAAGAAGAACUACUACUUUGAUGUGCUGAUUAAGAGUCUAAGAAAUGAAAAUGACCGGCUGAAGCAAGAAAAGGCUGCUCUGAAUGCAAAGAAUAAAACAGAGAAUGACAAAUGGGAAAAAGAAAAGAACAAGAUUCUGGAACUGUUUUCUAAAAAGUUAGACCUGCUUCAUACACAUCAGUCAUCAACCCUCCAGGAGCUUCAGAUGGCCAGACUGGAGCUAGGAAGAGUACAGGAGAUGUUAAAACCCCCAGACAACCCACAGAAUAGUACAACUGAUUCGACAAGACCCGAUUUCAUGCCAAAUAGCAAUGCAAAGAAUAGGAGGGCUUCUGUCAUAUUUAAUGGCACAGAGUCAACAGAGAGCCACAAUCAACAGAACAGUUCAUUGGAGGUGCUGAGUGGAGAGGAAACUCAUAAGGGCCAUACAAAGGAAAAGCAGCUAGAGGGCGCUCAAGCACGGCUGGAGAUCCUAAAGGGGACUCUGUACAAGAGGGAGAGGGAGAUUACAGAGUUUCUUCAGAAUGAAAAUAACAGGGGGGGCAGUGGGCAAUACCCUUGUGGAGCUUUGCUGAGGACUCUUGUAGAAAAGGCUCAUGCUGUUUAUUGUGAAGUGUCUGGAGCCAGACAGCUUGUUGACAGUAAGACAGAGGAGAACACUGUGACUUUGGCCAGUGCCAAGGAAAGCCUAGAUAAGGCUCAGCGCAGUGUAUUAAAAUAUGAAAAGGAUAACAACAGAAAAAUCACAGAUUCAGAUAGGGAUCCGCUGGCUAUUGACAUUCACAGAAAUCUUAUGAUGGCUGAGGUACACCUGAGAAAAUCUGAUAUUGUGCAGGUUGCCUUGGAAAGCAUUAGAAAAGGAACUGCACCCUCAUGUUGUGGAACCGAUAGUAUGUGGAAAAUAGACCCAGACAAUGGCAUGCUGGAUUAUGAAAUGAGUGAUGAAACAAACCUUCCUCCCGGAGAUGAGAUGGGAGAAAGUGCACAUUUUGAUUUAAAAAAAAAAAGAAGUUCAUGGCAGAUGCUUUUGUCACUACAGGCUGAGGUACAGUAG